CAUCUGCUGUACAUUAAUCAGUGUUUUGAGUUCAGCACUGUGGAGCCACUUCUCUACAUCUAUUAUGUUGCAGAUUGGAAGCAUAAAGCUGAGUUUUAAGAUAAGAUUUAAGCCAAAUCAGUCAACUAAAAAGAACUCACAUGGUUUGACCUUAGGGUUAGAUAUAUUUUCUGUGAUUUGGGUGAAAUUACCCUUUUUAAAAAUGUUUAUUUCAGGUUUUUAUUUUCUUCAUGGAGUCGUUUUUGAGAACAAAAGAUUUCUACAUCUUGAACAGAUACAUACAGUAGAAGAUGGGUAAUGUGGGUCAGCAGAGAUAAUAUUAAUAACAACCUAAUGAAAUGGGACUGAUGACUCAUUUGAUGGUAUCACACACCUGGAGCAUCAAAGGGAGCGAACAGAGGGAAGCCCUGGUGCUUCACAUUUUGAGUUUUAAAGGCUCGCAGUGGACACAGCUACGUCUCAUGAGUCACGUCCUCUACAGAGAUUUAACACAGACCUUUAUUAUUUUCAACAUCAUUCCUGAUUCUUCGUCAUUUCCCUGAAUCCUUGUUUCAACACCCGUCUAUGUGACGAGGGGGGAUCACAUUGAACUGAUGUGAUCCCCUCAGACAUGUAAUAAAAGCAAUCCCAAAAAAACUGAACACCAUACGUCAUCAUGAACUUCUGUUUGCUUAAAAAUAAUAAAGUAACCUCUCUUUUCAGUAUGCUCCCACUGUGACACACUGCUUGGACAUCCAAUAUUGUAACCACAUGAAUGUGGUUGGUGUCCGCCGCUGCUGUAUUCCCUCUGCUCUGCAGGGAAGGGCAGAGGUUUAAUUUAUUUGAAAUGAUCCAAAUGUGACAGAGGGUUUUCAUCAUGGGUGAGAGGACAGAAGUAAAUUUGAUUUGAAAGGCUAUGAAGUCGAGGCAGUGAGUCCAGUGUUUGAUGUUGCGUUCCUGUCACCAGAAGGACAGAUAAGGGGAUUCUGCACAUACCUGUUGCCUGCUGCCAGUGUAUAAAUGGCAACCUCGAUGCUCUGAGCCGAACACACACUGACACACACACACACACACACACACACACACCUGUUGGCUCUCAAGAUGAGUCAUAGUCGGUGCAGCAGUAAGAUGCAAUGAGCGUGGUUAGAUGUGUAAACCUGAGGUAAAUCCUUUCUCCACAGACUGAACAGCUUUAAUGCUCUAGAUGGACGCAGCACUCAUGGUGACCCCCUCCCUGCUCAGACUGGCUCUUAUCCUGCUCUCCUUCCCUGAGCAUGCCUCACUGAGCAGAGUAUUUGACAACACCUCAGGAACUGUGUAUCUGGGGUCUGCAUUUGUGAAAGAGGCUCUUCAGAGGGCGAUUGAGCUGACCGAUGCUGCUUACACUCGCACAAGUGAGAGGGGGACAAAGUCUCUGUCUGAAGACGCUCUGAGACCCAGUGACCUGCUGGCUCAGUUCAAACAGACUGAAACCAGAACCAGGACUCAAAUUCGGGCGGCAGAACUGCUGGACAACACAGUGGAGCUAAUCAGAGAGAUGGUCUACACUCACACUAUGGUGCAGCCCAACCCUCAUGAGCUGCUGAGUGAAGGAGAUGUGGAGAAUCUGCUGCAAGUGACGGGCUGCUCUGCUGAGCUGCAGAGACCCAUCUGUCAGACCGACUGUCUCUCUGAGCGCUACAGAUCCAUCACAGGAGAGUGUAACAACAGACAGCACCCCAGAUGGGGAGCUGCAAACAUCCCGUAUUCCCGUUGGCUGCCUCCAGAGUAUGAGGACGUGUGGGGGACGCCCAGAGGCUGGGACCCGGAGCACACCUACCACAACGUCAGCCUGCCUCCAGUGCGACUGGUGUCUCAAGAGGUGUUGUUCACUCACAAUGACAACAUCUCUCUGGACUCCACCCUGUCUCACCUGCUGGUGGAGUGGGGUCAGUGGAUAGACCACGACGUGGUGCUGACGCCUCAGAGCCCCAGCACCGCUGCCUUCAGGACCGGAGCUGACUGUACACACACCUGCAGCCGGGACACACCAUGUUUCCCCAUACAGAUCCCUCUAUCAGAUCCUCGUAAUGGAAUCCAGAGUUGUAUGCCCUUCUUCCGCUCUGCUCCCAGCUGUGGUGCGGGAGUCCUCCCUCAUCGCCACCGAGAGCAGCUCAACGCCAUCACCUCCUUUGUGGAUGCUAGCAUGGUGUACGGCAGCUCCACCAGUCUGGCAUCGGCUCUGAGAAACCACUCCUCUCCCCUGGGCUUGAUGGCCCUAAACUCCCAGCACUCAGACCAGGAGCUGUCCUAUAUGCCCUUUCUGCCUCGCCAGCAGGCGCACCUGGACCCCUGUGGCCCGCGAAACACCACCACCUCAGAGGGGUUGGACAGAUCCACGCACCAGGAGAACACCACGUCCUGCUUUCAAGCUGGUGAUUCAAGAGCCAAUGAGCAUCUGGGAAUGAUCGCGCUGCACACGCUUUUUCUGAGAGAGCACAACCGGCUGGUCAAAGAGCUGCACCUGCUCAACCCUCAGUGGAGCCCCGACAUUCUUUAUCAGGAGGCCCGCAAGAUCAUGGGAGCCAUUCACCAGAUCCUAACAUGGGAGCACUAUCUGCCGCGGGUCCUGGGUGACACCGCCACGUCCCUUCUGAUGCCCCCCUAUGAAGGUUAUAAUCCUGAAGUGGAUCCCAGCAUCGCAAAUGUCUUUGCAGCUGCUGCGUUUCGUUUUGCCCAUGUCACCGUGCAUCCAGUGGUAACCAGGCUGGGACCUGGAUACACCACAAACUCCCAGCAUCCCCCACUGCCUCUGCACCAUUCACUGUUUGCCUCUUGGAGGGUUGUGCAGGAAGGUGGUAUAGACCCUGUGCUGCGCGGCCUGUUGUUGUCUCCGGCCAAGCUGCAGACUCCAGGUCAGAUGAUGGUGGAGGAGCUCACAGAGAGGCUGUUUCAGGCACAGGGAGGGAUGCCUCUGGACCUCGGGGCUCUUAACCUUCAGAGGGGCCGAGACCAUGGCUUGCCUGGUUAUGGCUCGUGGCGAAGGUUCUGCGGUCUCUCUGUUCCCAACUCUACAUCAGAGUUGGCCGAAAUUCUAGGUAACUUCACUCUGGCUCACAAAUUCCAGCUCCUGUACGGGACACCCCACAACAUCGAUGUAUGGGUGGGGGCCAUCUCUGAGCCUGCUCUGCCUGGAGGCCGGGUCGGACCGCUCCUGGCCUGCCUGCUGGCCAGACAGUUUAGAGCCCUGAGAGAUGGAGACAGGUUUUGGUGGGAGAGGGAGGGAGUAUUCACCAGCACUCAGAGGAGACACCUCCACGCCGUCUCUCUGUCCCGCAUCAUUUGUGAUAACAGCCACAUCACUCUCGUCCCUGCUGACCCGUUCUCCCGCACUGAAAGCCCAGACGACAUGUUGGCCUGUUUCCACCCCCUUGUCCCCCACCUUGACCUCAGCCCCUGGAAAGAACCAGACACAGACCCCAGCUGUGGUCCAAUACCCAGGAUCCAAUCUGGUUACUCUGUGCUCUGUGACUCUGUGAUUCUGUAUCAGUGUCACUCUGGCUUUAAGCUGCUGGGAUCUUCAUCUGUCAGCUGUGAUCCAAACACCAACCAGUGGAGUCCCACACCUCCAACAUGUCAAGAUAUUAAUGAAUGUGAAGAACAGGUUUCUCUUUGUCCACAAAGCCUGGAGUGUCUCAACAAGCCAGGCUCCUUUAUUUGCUCAGAGCCCUCCUCGCUGUCUGUCGUCUCCAUUGUCACUGCAGUGGUAGUAGUGAUCGGUGGUGUGGUUCUGCUGGUGAUGAUCAUGAUCUGUUAUCGAAGAUAUUUCCCCAAGAAAGAAGAGUUGGUCACUGCUGGAUGUUGCCAAGGGAAAAGUUAAUUGAACAUUUCUAUUUUAAUGUUCCUCUUUAUUAUAUAUAUAUAUAUUCGACUGUUAGUAGUAGUAGAAUAUUUUGUUAAUUUAUAAUCACACUACGCCUGAACAAAUCAAUGUUUCACAUAAAUAGGUAUCCCUGUCUUUGGCCACUGUAGAUAGAUAGUUUUUACUUCAUGACAAAUUAUGCCGUUAUGGUUUGUCUUCUGACUUCACAUUAUGGCACCCUGAUGGUGCUCAUUCAUUUACUACAAGUCAAAGUAUUUAUUAAGGUCUGUUGUAAUCUGUGUGACAAGGCCACAGAAACAGAAUAACAAGCUUGCAAAAGUCCUUUCAAUCCGGAAACUAAAAUCUUAGUGGAAUGUCUGCUCCAAAAACAGAUUUUCCAACCAUAAAGCCGCUCUGAGUGGGAUAUGGUCUCAGUAUUACCUCAGUAUCAAUGUGCCUGAUUCCUGCUUACAAACCUGUUAGGCAACUGUGGGUGUGGGUGUGUCAGAGCAUAUUGUACUGGGGUAACCAGGCGGUUCCUGGCAGUGACCUUAAUCUAAAACCAAACCAGUGACGUGGCCUGAGAGAAACAGGUCUGUGUGUCAUCCAGCUGUACUGCAUUAUUAAUUAAUGAUGAACAGUGAUGAAUCAUCACUACCAAACCUAAGCCUAAACUUUACAAAGAGCUGAAAUCAAAGUCAAACUAAUCCAUUUUACUGCCAUCAGAUUUUAUACAAACAAUACCUCUAAAUAAAUCACACAUGGUACAAAGGUGACAGGCUACAAUGUCUUGUUUUUAAUGGAGUAUUUAUACUGGAAGACAGUUAAUUAUCAGCACACUGAGGUUAGGAACCUCAAAGCCCUAGGUAAGGCUAAGAAGCAGUUAUUGCACUUUCUGACACAAUAUUCUUCAUUUUUUUUUACCUUCAAAAGACUGUUUCCUGUAAAAAUUGGUCAUUAAUAGUAAUACAUCUUUACUGUGAGGUACAACCAAUAUACACUGCAUAAUAUGGCUAUGUACUACAUUCAUGCAAAGUCAUUUAUGGCUUUUUACAGACUGUUCAUUGCAGACGUGCAAAACUACAGUUGAAACAUUUGUGCAUAUUGCAAUCACUUGUAUUAAAGCAUGUUUAUCUUCUGUUUACAU